GUGGCACAAGCUUUUAGGGCGAAAUGGAAAUCGUUAGUAGAUUUAUACAUAGAUUUAUGUCACACCCCUGUAUGUAUCACUCCAAAUGCACAGCCUGUAUUGAGGCAACCCUUAAAACCAUUGGCGGAAACACAAAUUUAAACUACAUACAUACAUAUACUCGUACAUACAUCGGAAAAAUAGUCUGUCUCUAUGCGCAAUCCGAGUCAACGCGAACCAAACGAGCUUACCCAAGCGGUUGGUGUAUAAAUAUGUAUAGCUGAACAGGAUUUUGGAGGAUGCUCACACGCAGUACUUAAAUCCCAAACGUAGACCAAAACAGAAGUGGAUACGAGAAAUUAAGCCUCUUUAACAGCAAUGCAUUAAGUCGUCGUUUUUGGAGAACCACAGCUGAUGAAUUUUGUUUUGAUAUCACAAUAAAAGCAGACAGACUGGAGAUUUCAUCGCAAUUAAUGUUGAGUUGAACCUUGUUGAUGAAAACAGGCAAAGCGGCCAAUAUGAAUAGUUAUACCCGACUCGAUGUCUGCAUUAGCCUGCUUUUGUUUAUACUCGUACUUGGCACAAAGAACCAGCUUGCUCGAUGCAAGCAAAAGGACAUGCUUGCCGGACGUCUUGAAAAUGUUACACAAACGAUAUCGAAGAUACUGCAGGGAUACGACAUUCGUCUCAGGCCUAACUUUGGAGGCGAUCCACUACACGUUGGAAUGGAUUUGACAAUUGCAAGCUUCGACGCCAUAUCAGAAGUUAAUAUGGAUUAUACAAUAACAAUGUACUUGAAUCAGUAUUGGCGGGACGAGCGUCUGGCGUUUAAUAUUUACGGACCGUAUUAUAAUGGCGAUGCAGAUGAUGAUGGAGUCAACGAUGUGCUGACUUUGUCAGGUGAUUUUGCUGAGAAAAUUUGGGUACCAGAUACAUUUUUCGCCAAUGACAAAAACAGCUUUUUACAUGACGUAACCGAGAGAAACAAGUUGGUGCGCCUUGGGGGCGAUGGCGCUGUUACGUAUGGUAUGCGGUUUACCACAACCCUUGCCUGUAUGAUGGAUUUGCAUUAUUACCCACUGGACUCACAGAACUGUACUGUUGAAAUUGAGAGCUAUGGAUAUACGGUCAGCGAUGUGGUCAUGUACUGGAAGCCAACACCAGUGCGUGGUGUGGAAGACGCAGAACUGCCCCAGUUCACUAUUAUUGGUUAUGAAACAAAUGAUCGGAAAGAGCGGCUCGCCACUGGAGUGUAUCAGCGCCUCUCCCUUUCAUUCAAAUUGCAACGAAACAUCGGUUAUUUUGUAUUUCAGACUUAUCUUCCUAGCAUACUAAUCGUCAUGCUGUCAUGGGUUUCAUUUUGGAUUAAUCACGAGGCGACAAGUGCAAGGGUUGCUUUGGGAAUUACCACGGUGCUGACUAUGACAACGAUCAGCACUGGCGUUCGUAGUUCAUUGCCUCGAAUAUCUUAUGUAAAGGCUAUUGAUAUUUACCUUGUGAUGUGUUUCGUAUUCGUCUUUGCCGCGCUUCUUGAAUACGCGGCCGUUAACUACACGUACUGGGGAAAACGAGCAAAAAAAAAGAUAAAGAAACUCAAGGACUGUGAUCGACAAAAGAUAGGUAAAAGUGAAAGAUCUGUAACGUGUUCAACGACAGAAGACAUAAUUGAGCUUCAGGAUGUACGCAUGAGCCCCAUACCUUCGUUACGGAAAAGUAAUUAUAAUGCGACUAUUGGCUCAAUUGGCACCGAGACCUUAAACUUGACCAAGUUUCCGCCAAGUUUUCGAAUUACGCGCAACUAUGGCACUGCACGUAACCAACUGCGACAUCGUUCACAGAGGGGAAUCUCAACUAGACCUCGCAUGUUGCAUGCAUUAAAAAAAAGCGCAUCUGCCAUCAAAGCCACUAUACCGAAGAUCAAAGAUGUGAACAUAAUUGAUAAGUACUCGAGGAUGAUAUUUCCUAUCAGUUUUCUUGCAUUCAAUCUUGGAUAUUGGUUAUUUUACAUAUUGGAAUGAUAGAGUGAAUUUUUUUGCGCAAACCGAAGUUUUCUGAUUUACUUGGGGGUCAAUAAAUGUUUAUUGAAUAACACUGUAGUAAUACACUGUAAUAAAAAAUACUUAGCACGAGAUACAAAUUAGGAUACAAUAUAAAGCAAAUUUUUUUUUUUUAAUUUGGUGGCAUCGCAGUUUUACGUUUUUCAAGUCGGCAUCUACAGCUUUCUAUCACUAUGCAAAAACAUAUUUACGUUUCAAACCAGAACGACUGUUUAUCGUUCAAUACCGUAAGGUACCCACCCAACAUACCAUUUUAUCUUUAACGACCGUUAAAGCUCACAAUUUAGUAUUUUGUAUGAAAAAACGGUCGUAUUUCAGUAACGGAAUUUAACGUUAAAUGGUUCAAACGGCUUCACCUUAUAUGUACGUAUCAAAGAACAAAAAUAAAGCCCAAGAAAUAAUUUGUAAAGCCGUUCUAUGGAAAAGAACUAAAAAUUAAAUGAAAGGCUAUACAUUUAUUUAACAAACCAUAAUUAUAAUGAAUAUUAGGACUUUAGAUGUCGAAUUAAUAUUAUGAAAUUCCAAAAAGUCACCAAAAGCGGGUUUUCAAUUUUUUUAAAAGAUUUUGCCGGUAUAAGCCAUGCUCCGAUUUUCCCAAGUCCCAAAAAAUUGCCAAUUAACGUCGAAUCGCAAAUUGGCAUCCUCUGGUCUACGCAAAUCGUUGGAUAUUAACAAUUCAAAACCGGUUGGUAAUGAGCUUUCUAUGUGUGUAUUUCAAAAAUGAAUUGCACAUUGCAUAUAUGUAUGUAUGUAUGUAAAUACAAAUUUGCAUGGGUUGAAAAAAUUAUUAACCUACAUCUUUGUUUGUGUUUUAAAUUGACAUAUCGUAUAAAUAAUUGGAAAUUUAUGUUAGCGUAUCUUUUAAUAUAUAAUAAAAUUAUUUACAAUCAAAUCAAAUAUAAUCACACCAAACAACAAAAACUUGCGAUUACCCGAUGACCGAUAUAUAUCGAUAUCAAUAGUUGGCAGUGGCUACAGAUGUCUGUCCUUUCAUUCACAAGUUUUUAUUUUUUUUUUAUUUUAUAUAAUACGACUCCGAAAACGAAAUAAAUAUUUAACUAAAAUAUUUUAAUUUCCAAAUAACAAAGAAUUUUUUUUAAAUUUAUUAAGCUCUAUUGAAUAAAAGAAGUUGCAAAAACCGGAAUUCGUACGAAUUUUUCCAAAAUCGUAAUCACAAAAGUGCGAAAACCGGCUGCAUAUUCCAAGUUCGAAGCGUGUGGAUGUGAUCUACUC